GAAAGGGCUUGCAGCAGGCGGCAACUGCCGGAAAAGAAAGGCAGUGCAAAGCUCCCUGUCCGGUUGCGCUGCUUGUCGUAAACGCCUUUCUUAGAAACACACCUUGGCUCUGGAACCGCGAGCUCUCCUCCCCGCUCCGCCCCUGGCUGCCCAACCCAGCCCGCUCCCUUCCAGCUCGACCAGCGCCUGCUGGCCAAUCCCCGCCCAGCCGGCUGCUGCCCCCUCCUCGCCCCGAGCGCGGCUGCCCCGGAGUUGCUCCGCGGAAAGCGAAAGCGCUGCUGCCAGUAGCGGGAGGGGGGCUCCCGAGAGGGCCGAGCGAAGAUGCGGCUGGGCUGCAAUAAUUUUAUGAAGUUAGCAGGAUUUGUUUUUGCAUCUAUCUGUGCUUGGUACUUAGGAUCCUUAUUUGCGUAUAUUGUACCAGAAGACUCACUGGCAGCAACUAUUGACAACAUUCAGAAAGUUGGAGAAAAACCAAUACUUAGGGCUCCACCACCAAAAAGGCAGAAAUGUGAUCAUUGGUCUCCUUGCCCACCUGGGAGUUAUGCUUAUCGCUUACUCAGUGGUGGGGGCAAAGAGAAGAUGGCAAAGAUCUGCUUUGAAGAUGAACAGCUCAUAAGUGAAGAAAAGAAAAAUGCAGGGAGAGGCAUCAAUAUUGCCAUUGUGGAUUAUGACACAGGAAAGUGUAUCGAUGCAAAAUAUUUUGACAUGUGGGAAGGAGAAUUUUCAGGAGCUAUGACAGAUUUCAUCAAAAAGGCUCCACAACGAUCGCUGCUCCUGAUGGUGACUCAUGAUGAUGGAAGCACCAAGUUAAAGGAGAAUGGAAAAAAGGCAAUAGCAGACCUCGGCAGUAAAGAAAUCCAAAAUAUACGAUUCCGGUCAAGCUGGGCCUUCAUAGCUGCAAAAGGUUUCAAGCUGCCAGAUAACCUAGAAAAAGAAAAGAUCAACCAUUCUGACAAUAAGAUGAACCGAUAUGGUGGCUGGCCAGCUGAAAUCCAGAUAGAGGGCUGCAUUCCCCAAAACCUACACUGAAUUUUUAAAUUAAACUAUACUGAUAGAGUGGUUCAAAUGUUUCUAUCACGUGUUCUCAUAAGGAUGCAUUGGUCGGAGGCUGAAGUGUCAGUCUUUGGGUGGAAAUCCUAAUAUUUAUAAUGUUUUAAAACUCCUGUGCUGCUGGCAGUUUUCCCCCCAUUUAUGGGAUAUGCACCACCAGUAAUAUUUUUACAAGUGUUUUAAGAAAAACAGCUUAGAACUUGAUUUGCUUAGUUCACUGAGUUAUGGCAAGAAAUAAAAUGCACUAUGUAUGUGGUUUUAAGUUUUCAUUAUUCAGCAAUUCAUUUUCAAAGUUAACAUUGCCAAUAAAGAAUCCCAGUUGCAUGCUGUCCUCUUGCCUUCACUUAAGCAUACUUCAGCCAAAGCUAAGCGUGAAAAUAGUGGUUAUAGAACAGUUUGUACUUGAAUGUACAUGUAUUUAUUACUUGAAUUUUUCUGGAAACAUUAAAAAGGACUCCAUAUUUAAA